CAUUUCCAAGAUGCGAUAUCGUAACGGUGAAAGAAGUUGCAACAAGACGAAGGGUGGCAGCUAAAAAUGGGUUCAUUCGUAGAUAAGAACUUUGACAAUUCAUCAGCUCGCAUUCGCACAGCUUUGCGAAGCUUUUCUAGGCUCGCAAUAUCUACGAGAUCGCUCCAGAUAGGCGGCUCAGGAACGGAGACUAACCGAGGAAAUGGCGUCCAUCAAUCCUACCCUCCACAGGCGAAACCAAAAUACGAAAGUGGUUCACGCGUCGUCGGCUCCUACGUAACAACAGCUGUGAAACUCCAGCCUAGACAUUUACAAGGAUCGAGUGAUCCGCUUUUCUCUUCAUCAACGAACAAUAUACGAACGUGGGCAUGGGCCCUGGACGAAGGGCAACCCAUCGAUCGAUCCCACGAGUAGUCAGAAGCAGUAGCAGCAAAGUCUCUCCGAUGGGGUGCCAGGGAUAAACGCACAGAGACAGUCGAAGAGAAAGAGGGAGAGAAGAAAAGAGGAUAGGACUAGUCACCCUUGCUGUACUGGAUAAAACUUUCUGCAUGCCUGCUGGUUUUGUCGGGUAUGCGUGAGCGAACGAGCAGGAUCGCGUCGGGCUCAGAGAUAUCGUCGAAUCGUUUUCUCUAUUGCAAUACUUUUUCCCAUACAACUUUAUAUAUAGAAAGAAAAUACAGCUAAUGGCUUUUCCACGCAGUACAACAUCAUGUAUAGAAAAUUAUCGUACCACGACUGGGAGAAACCGAGCGAGAGCCUGCCAGAUCACUCUCUGAAAAGGGACAUGCAUAGAGAGUUGGAUGAAAAAACAUUCGGAGCAAGAGAGAGAGAGAGAGAGAGGAGCAGCGAAUGAUCGAGGUGGAACGAGCAGAGAUAAAUAAAGAACGAAAGCACUAAGCUCAUCUCUUGAUCCGGA